GGCUCCCCCCCUCCUCCCCAGCCCUCCCUUCCCACGCCCCAGUGCGCUGUGGGAUAGUGCCACUAUAAGUAUAUCCUCUCUCGGAGAAAGAUAAGAAGCCCGAGACAGGAGGGGGAUGAAGAUGGCGGACGCCAAGCAGAAGAGGAAUGAGCAGUUAAAGCGAUGGCUGGGCUCGGAGACGGACCUGGAGCCUCCUAUUCUGAAAAAGAAGAAGACGAAGGUGAAGUUCGAUGAUGGCGCCGUGUUUCUGGCCGCCUGCUCAAGCGGCGAUACCGAGGAGGUGCUCCGAAUGCUUGACCGGGGCGCUGACAUCAACUACGCCAAUGUAGACGGUCUCACCGCCCUCCACCAGGCAUGUAUAGAUGACAACGUUGACAUGGUGACUUUCCUGGUGGAGCACGGAGCCGGCAUUAACCAGCCAGACAAUGAGGGCUGGAUCCCCCUCCACGCCGCAGCUUCCUGUGGAUACCUUGACAUAGCAGAGUAUCUCAUUAGCCAGGGUGCUAGUGUAGGAGUUGUCAACAGUGAGGGUGAGACACCUCUGGACAUCGCUGAAGAGGAGGCAAUGGAGGAGCUCCUGCAAAAUGAGAUCAACCGGCAAGGAGUGGACAUCGAGGCGGCCCGGAAAGAGGAGGAGCGGAUCAUGCUGAGGGAUGCCCGGCAGUGGCUCAACAGCGGCCAGAUCCAAGAUAUCCGACAUGCAAAAUCAGGAGGAACGGCGCUCCAUGUAGCUGCUGCUAAAGGAUACGUGGAGGUUUUAAAGCUUUUAAUCCAAGCAGGGUAUGAUGUAAAUAUUAAGGACUAUGACGGCUGGACUCCUCUACAUGCAGCAGCACACUGGGGCAAAGAGGAGGCCUGUAGGAUACUGGUGGAGAAUCUAUGUGACAUGGACCUCAUUAAUAAAAUGGGCCAGACCCCGUUUGAUGUAGCAGACGAAGAUGUUCUGGGAUACUUAGAAGAACUACAAAAGAAACAAAAUCUGCUAAUGAGCGAGAAGAAAGACGUUAAGAAAUCUCCUUUGAUUGAAACAACAACCACAGGGGACAACAACCAAUCACUGAAACCAAUCAAGAGUAAAGAAACACUGCUUCUGGAGCCAGAGAAGAGCGCUCCUCGCAUUGAGACCUUAGAACCGGAGAAGGUGGACGAAGAAGAGGAGGGGAAGAAGGACGAAUCAAGCUGCUCCAGUGAAGAAGAGGAGGAAGAAGAUUCAGAGUCGGAGACAGAAGCAGACAAGACCAAGCCUUCGGCGGCGGUUAGCAACAGCACAACGUCCGGCCCGACCAGCAUCGCCGUGUCCUCUCCAACUGGCCCCACUAACCAGGUGACGUCCCCCACUUCACCAGUUAAAAAGGUCACUCAGCCAGCAGGAAAGGUUUCGGCCAAAGUGGAGGAGGAGAGGAAGGACGAGUCUCCGUCGUCGUGGCGUCUCGGUUUGAGGAAGACGGGCAGCUAUGGAGCGCUAGCGGAGAUUACAGCCACCAAGGAGGCUCAGAGGGAGAAGGACACUACUGGGGUGAUGCGCUCAGCCUCCAGUCCUCGUCUCUCCUCGUCCCUGGACAACAAAGACAAGGAGAAGGAAAAAGACAAAGGAACCCGACUUGCCUAUGUGGCCCCGACCAUCCCCAGGAGAUUGGCCAGCACAUCAGACAUCGACGAGAAGGAAAACAGGGACUCUACCGCUCUGAUACGUAGUGGCUCCUACACCCGGCGACGCUGGGAUGACGACCUGAAGAACAGUGAAGGAAGCGCCUCCACCAACCGAACCCCCAGCUACCAGCGCAGCACGUCCCAUACGCUAGCAAUAGGGCGGAGCGGCAGCACGCGGGACGUGCCAGCCAAGUCUUCGUCAACCUCCAGCUUGGACCCUAACACCUGUAAUACUAAACCCUGGCAGCCACCCGCCUCCCACUACCAGUCUUACAGCAUUUACCGCAGCGGCUCUUUUGGCAGAAGACACGAGGACUUGAGCUCCUCGACCACCUCCUCCUCCAUGACCACCACCACCUCCUCAUCUGUUACCUCGCCCACAGGCCAUCGCGGCCUGCUCUCCAGCCUGGGCUCCUCCUCCACUCGCACUGGCUCCACCAGUCUCACCAGCAGGUACUGGUCAGAGGAAAGUGCAGAGAGGGAAAAGGAGAAGGAGAAAGAGUCUGCUGCGGUCAUCCCCACUAUAAACACUGGCUCUACCACGACCACGACAUCCACCACUACGACCAGCGCCAUAUCUACCACUACCACCACUACCACUGGCACCGUCACUGGCUCUGAAAGACGCAGGUCAUACCUGACGCCAGUGCGAGACGAAGAGUCGGAGUCUCAGAGGAAAGCUCGCUCCAGACAGGCUCGACAGUCGAGGAGGUCCACUCAGGGCGUGACUCUGACCGACCUGCAAGAGGCUGAGAAAACAAUCGGCAGGAGUCGUCCCACAAAGACCCGAGAGGAGGAGAAGGAGGAGAAAGAGAAGCAGGACAAGGAGAAACAAGAGGAGAAGAAGGAGGUGGAGACGAAGGAAGAUGACUACCGAUCGAAGUACCGCAGCUUCGAAGAGCGUUACCGGCCUUCAUCUUCCUCCUCCACCUCCGCCAUAUCCACACUUACCACGGCCUCUACCCCCUCCUACUCCAGCACCGCAUUGUCCUCCAGUUCCAGCUCCCUCAACAGACCUAACAGUCUGACGGGAAUCACCUCCUCCUAUAGCCGUUCCUCCAGAGAUACAGAAAAAGAAUCGGACAAAAAGGAGGAGGAGAAGGAGGGAGAGGACAAGUCUCAGCCCCGCUCCAUACGGGAUCGCAGGCGGCCCCGCGAGAAGAGACGCUCCACUGGGGUUUCCUUCUGGACUCAAGAUGGUGAUGAAAACGACCCUGAUCAGCAGUCGGACUCAGAGGAGGGCAGCACCAAGGGAGAGCCACAGAGUGACAGAUUGUCCAGGAAUGAGAGCACCUCAUCUUUAGAUCGCAAUGACGCUCUUUUUAGCCGUAGCUAUGGUGAGAGUCGAAGGCCAUAUUCAAGCCGACUGGACAGAGACGACACCACUGACUAUAAGAAGCUCUACGAGCAGAUCUUAGCUGAGAAUGAGAAGUUGAAGGCCCAGUUACGUGACACGGACCUGGAGCUGGCAGACUUGAAGCUACAACUAGAGAAGGCCACACAGAGGCAGGAACGCUAUGCUGACCGAUCACAGCUUGAGAUGGAGAAAAGGGAAAGAAGAGCUCUAGAAAGGAAGAUUUCUGAGAUGGAGGAGGAACUUAAGAUGCUCCCAGACUUGAAAGCAGACAACCAGAGACUAAAGGACGAGAACGGAGCGCUCAUUCGAGUCAUUAGCAAGCUUUCCAAGUAGACCAGAACCCCCCAUCGCCAAGCCCCGCCCCCUCCCCGUCUCCUGCACCCCCUAGCAGUGACUAAUGGAAUUGCACAUUUAGAUAUUAAUUGCAACAGACAUCAGAGACGAGACUCCUUUCUUUCUUCUUUUUUCCUUCCUCAACUCUUAAUCUCCCCCCUUUUUUUUUUUUGCUCCUCCACAACUGCAGCACCCCGCCAUCUACGCAUCCUCCCGUUAGAAACCACCGAGUUUACAGAGCAGGAAAAAAAAGGGUCGCGUGAUGAGCAUGUAAAAGUGGGCGGGGAAGCCUGAAAUACUAUUUAACCAAUAAGCCUUAGUUGUACAUAAAGAGAAAAAAGGAAAAAAAAACACUCGAUCUCUUCUCUUCUCUCGGCUAUCACUGGAGAACAGAUAUUAUCCAACACCUGAUUUUAUUUGUGCCACAAUCUUCUCUUAUUUGACGUAAUUUUUCUUUUUUUUUUUCCCGUUUCCUCUUCUCGUCGUGUGCCGUGCGGUUUCCUCCUUCACUCCCCCCCCCAGUUUCGACCCUUUAAAAGCUCCGACACAAAUCACCGACGCACACGCACGCUCGCCCAUCCUCUGUCGAAUUUUUAAAAAUAAUUUUUUUUUGUACCUCUGUGUGGAAAAAUUCUCGCGGACCUGGUGGAAUUUAAGCUUUCACUGUAUGUGCAAUAUGCAUUUCUUCUUUUUUUUUUUUUUAAUGCUUUAAUGACGAGUCCAUCACAAGUAGGAUUUUUCACUCUUCCACCGCUUCAACCGCUCACCCCUCUUCCUUUUUUUUUUUUUUUUUUUUUAAGUUUGUAGUGUAGUCAGUUUAUACUCUGUAUUUCUCACUUUGUUUUAGCAGGUACUGAGUGACGCUGUAUAUACCUGUAUGUAUUUGUUUGAGACCAGCACAUGGCAUGCGUUUAUGGUUCCCGUCUGUUACUAUUAAAUUCCAGAGGACAAAAAGGUGUGUUUUAAUUAUUUUUUUCUCUUCAUAGACAUUGGAUACAGUACAGUAGAGCCUCUCUCAUGCACGGGACGGCCGGCAGUGUUCAGUGCUUUUUUUUUUUUUUCCCCCACAUAAUUGUGAGAUUUAAAAAAAAAAAAAGAAGAAAAGAAUAAUCGCUUCACUACAUUUCACUUUCAUUGUAUUCAGUAUCUUGGAAGAGUGCUGUUAAUUUUGUUUCCAUUUUUUUUUAAAGCUGUAGUAUUAUAGCCGAGGUGUUGUCACUAAAAGAAGAAGAAAAAAAAAGAGAAUAUCUUAGGUAUUGCUAACCCAGUCCUUUCUACAAAUGUCUACAUGCACUGUCAGCGCCAUGUGAGGAGUCUUGAUGUCAGGUUAAAGCAACAUCGCCACCGUCAAAUAUUCCAUUCAUCGGAGAAAAAAAACACCAUUUUAUGCAUUUCAGUGGCCUUUUAAGGAUAUUUUAGUAAAGAAGAAAAGUCACUGCAGAUGGACUGACGACCAUCUACUCUGGUUUUUUGUGUUUUUUUUUUCUUUAUUUUUUUUUCCCGUCAUCUUGUAAAAUAGGUGUGUGGCUUAAUACAUGCAAGCUGUGCUGUGACUACCAACCACUGAAGAGUUCAUUAAAAAUAAAGUUGUACAUUGUAAA